AUGGAGCUUAACUGGGCUUUUUUUCUGCUCCCGCUCUGGGCUGUGGGAGCAGCCUUCUCUGGGGUCCUCAACGCAACAGACAGAGACGUUAUGACGGAUGAUUUGCUGCAAGUACAGCUGGCCGGGGAGCGAGUGGCUGAGAAGCAGGCGGCGUUUUCCCACCCGGGUCUUUAUUUCGGCCCGGGGGACUUACAGCAAAUGAGGCAAAGGUCUUUAGGCAGCCACAGCCACAUAUUUAAAGUCAUCCGUGCCGCCGCGCUCACCAUGCUGUCCAACGGACCCUCGUACCUCCCGCCCGCAAAGCAUGAAGAGUUUACAAGCAAGUGGAACGAGAUUUAUGGUAACAAUCUACCUCCCCUGGCGCUGUACUGCCUGCUGUGCCCCGAGGACUCCACCGCUCUGCAGUUCCUGAUUAAGUUCAUGGACAGGAUGGCUGAGUACAUCAACUGGAAGGUAACAAGCGCGCCCCAUGACGAGGUCCCUAUGGCACACUCCCUCACGGGGUUCGCCACGGCAUACGACUUCAUUUACGCCUACCUGGAUGUACGUCGGCGGGACGUUUACCUGAAGAAGAUCCGCUCGCAAACGGCGCUUCUGUACUCGUUCUCUAAGUAUAGAGGCUGGGGCCGGCAGUACCUUCACAAUCACCAGACCACCAACGUACUGGCGCUUCUGAUCGGGGCCAUCGUAGUGGGCUCUCACAAUGACCCGGAGUCUAUGCUUUGGAAACAAGUGGCUGUGAACUACAUGGAGAAAACUAUGUUCCUGCUCAACCACGUAGUAGACGGCACGCUGGAUGAAGGAGUGGCAUACGGGAGCUACACGGCCAAGUCCAUCACGCAGUACGUGUUCAUAGCCAAGCGGCACUUCAGCAUCGACAACACGCAGAACCACUGGCUGAUGGAACACUUCUGGUUCUACUACGCCACUCUUCUACCAGGUUUCCAGAGGUCUGUGGGCAUCGCCGACUCCAACUACAACUGGUUCUACGGGCCAGAGAGCCAACUGGCGUUCCUCGACACCUUUGUGCUGAGGAACGGCACGGGGAACUGGCUGGCUCAGCAGAUCCGCAAGCACCGACCCAAGGACGGCCCUAUGGGACAGUCGUCGGCGCAGCGCUGGGCGACGCUUCACACAGAGUACAUUUGGUACGACGCCCGCCUGUCCCCGCAGCCUCCCCGUGGAUUCGGCAAAGCCAACUUACACAUUUUUUCCAACUGGGGCGUCGUGACUUACGGUGCCGGGCUGCCCAGCGGUCAGGGUAACACUUUUGUUUCGUUCAAAUCUGGCAAGCUGGGCGGCCGCGCGGUCUACGACAUCGUCCAUGAAAAACCAUACACCUGGGUGCAAGGUUGGAACAGUUUUAACCCGGGUCAUGAGCACCCAGACCAGAAUUCUUUCACCUUUGCCCCUAACGGGCAAGUGUUUGUGUCCGAAGCACUUUAUGGACCAAAGCUUAGCUAUCUCAACAACGUGCUGGUGUUCGCACCGUCGCCUACGAGUCAGUGUAACGAUCCGUGGGAGGGUCAGCUGGGCGAGUGCGUCAAGUGGCUGCGCUGGAAUGACGAAGGGGUGGGCGAUACUAGCGGCGAGGUGAUCGUGGCGUCAGCUCACGGGGACGCAAUGUUCACCAGCGGGGAAGCUGUGUCAGCAUAUUCGUCUGCCAUGAAGUUGAAAAGUGUGUACAGAGCUCUGGUCUUGCUCAAUUCUCAAACACUUCUCGUUUUAGAUCAUGUAGAGAAGGCGGCCGACUCGCCCGUCAGGUCGCUCAGCGCCUUCUUCCACAACCUAGACAUUGACUUUAAAUAUGUCCCGUUCAGGUUCAUGGACCGUUACAACGGCGCAAUGAUGGACGUGUGGGACGCGCACUAUAAAAUGUUUUGGUUUGAGAGCGGGGGCUAUAGUCCGGACACCCGUAUACAGGAGGCGGAACAGGCGGCUGAAUUUAAAAAGAGGUGGACUCAGUACGUGAAUGUCACUUUCCCAAUGUAUGGCACUGUUAGCAGGAUAGCUUAUGUAUUCCACGGACCGUAUGUCAAAUUGUCGAGCUGUAAAUUUGUAGAUAACGGCAAAAAUGGUGUAAAAAUAGCUUUGAUGAUCAAUAACACAGAGACUACUGUGUCCAUAGCGACAAAUUACAAAGACAUUGGGGCGAGGUCGGCUUAUUUAGGCUUCGGGGGUCACUGUAAGGUGGAGGAUCGAUACCAGAUCACUCGAUUCGGCGUCGGGACGCAGGCUGUCCCUAAACAUAUGAAUGGUGACAAUCAGCUUUUUGAUUUUGCUUUUACGCUUAACGUGAUGGCGGGUUUAAUCCUCUGCGGAGUCGCUGCCUUCCUCGCCAUGCAGAGAAAGUUUUACGACAUGUGCUUCAGGCUUCGGAGGCUGAUGCGCUACGCCCUGCUCGCUGUCCUCUUUCUGUGGAUAGCCGGACUUCUCUUUGUGUCUAACAGCUGCGAUCGGCUGCUGUGUGGUGUCAAGUGGAAAAGUGAGGGUGACCUGCAAGCGCGGCUGCAUGAGCAGCGCCAGCUCCCUCUCCCCACGGUUCUUAUCGUGACUCUACCCGGCUCCGGCGCGGAGAUCCUCAAGCAUCUUUUUUACAACAACUCGGACUUUGUGUACAUCCGGGUGCCCACCGAGCACUUGGACAUCCCGGAGACAGAGUUUGAGUUCGAUUCUCUGGUGGAUGCUUGCGAGUGGUCCCGAUCCGAAGCCCGACAGGGACGCUUUAAGAUGAUCCAAGGCUGGCUCCACUCGCUGGUCCACAACACCAAGCUGCAUCUGCAGAAUAUUCAGCUGGCAGAGAGCGAACACAACUGGCCGCCUCAGCGUGGUGCCUCCAAUUCGGACAAAAAGAAGCAAUCCAGGCGGAGGGAGCCGGCGGGGGAGUCGAGAGCCAAGCCGCGAGCCACCUCGGACAGAGACGUGGAGUACAUCCGGGAGCUGAGACGCCACACGGCCGAGUUCCCAAACAGUCGCGUUGUUCUGAACAUGCGAAGCGGGAGCUGGACGCUGAAGCUUCCGUUCAUACGGGAAGUCGUCGGGCCAUCUCUGAAGACCCUCUAUGUGGUGAGGGACCCUCGUGCGUGGAUUUAUCUCAUGUUGUAUAACAGUGAGCCCAGCUUAUACUCCCUGAAGAACAUCCCUCAGCACCUUUCCUUGAUAUUCAAGGAAGCUACGCUCGGCUGCCCGAGCGAAGCGCCGGAAUUUAACACCCUCAGACGGCUGCUGUCCCGCGGGGAGAGUGACCCGGUGCUGAUUCUUGCUCACCUGUGGCUCGCCCACACCGCCGCCGCGUUACGGGUCAGCCAAAGCCUCCCCGAGGACUCCUACCUCCAAGUGCGCUUCGAGGACGUAGUCAACUCCCCGCGUGGGACGGCGGAGCACAUCCAUGCAUUCCUGGGGGUGCCGGUGUCACCCGCCGCCCUCAACCAGCUGGCGUUCACCACCUCCACCAACUUGUACAACCUUCAGUACGAGGGGGACAUAUCGCCGGCUAAUAUCGCGGUGUGGCGGCAGAAAAUGCCGCGACGGGACGUGAGGGUGGUGGAGGACGUCUGCGGGGGCGUCAUGAAGCGGCUCGGGUACGGACGCUCUCCCGGAUAA